AUGCGUCUCAAACUUUGGAAAUCCCAAGAGCAGGGUGCGAAUCCAGAUCCGGACCUCGAAUUAGGUCGAGCUCCCAGAAACUUUAUCAAUGGUUUCCCCUCAGUAGCAGCUUUCAUCGCCAGCGAUCCCGACCAUUCUUUUUUCAUUUACAAUGCAUUCCACAGAUUGUCGUCUAGAAAUCUACUUUACCUGGAAGCGGAAAUACUGGACUUGCAGAAACAACAGGAUGAUCUUGAUUUUCGAGAUUCUCGCAAGGAUCCAGAUGUUCAGCAGUGCCUUCGGUCGUGGACGAAACUCAGGACGAGUGGGGACCCAGACCAGGCGAAAAGGAUGGAGCUGAUUGAGAAAAUUAGGGAAAAGUUGAAGGAGUACCAAGAAGCUCUGGUCUUGCAACAGACAGUCUUGAAUAUGGAGAAACCUCAAUCUGGUACUGUGGAGGCUCUCAAGCUUUGGCUUGACGGCAGAUUGGACGACGAAGAUAAUCUAGAUACCCACGUCGAUGAAUCGAUAGCGUUAUUCUCGAUGAGAAAGAUCAAUCGAGCAGUAACGAUCAUCAGCAUGGCUUUGGCAGUGGUCUUACUUAUCGUGUCGAUCGUUACAUUAUAUCUUGUAACGAAUAACAAUAUCCGGCUUGCACUUAUUUGCGUAUUCACGGUGGUCUUUGCAGGAUCUGUUCACCUUUUAACGAACGCGAAACGAGCGGAGCUUUUUGCAUCGACAGCAGCCUACGCGGCUGUUCUUGUGGUGUUUGUCAGCGGAAGCCUAGGGUCUCAGAGUUGUUGCCCACAGGGUUGAGGGCACAACUAAACGGGUGGAGCGCUUUUGAGAAGCAGAAUUGAUUUGGGCACAGCCAUAGAAAAGGAUUGCACCCAUGAUGCCCCAAAAUAGUAGCCAGCGUAUGUAGGAAAAUACAGCUGUGGUCCUGCG